ACAGUGAAAGGGAGGAAAGAACUGAGAACUGUUGUGAUCAAACAUGGGAAAAUGAACAAAUGGAAGUAAAAGGUAUGUUAAGAGAAUUUAAAAAUGGGGAAACAAAAGAGAAAGAUGUUAAGCUUGUUGAGAACAGAGAAACUCAGUCAAGACAAGAAAAUAUGGAGGAGCAAGAGGAGGCUGAGGAAGAUGUGGAGCCUUCCACUGAGGUGCUGGAUUGUCACAUCACACUGGGAAGUGUGAAGUGGAAAGAAACUCGAGCUACGGUAGGAGAAAGAGUUCAUACUGUAUAUAAUGCACCGAGAUCCCCUCCCGUAAGUGGUUUGAUAAGCUGGUACUUGUUUAAAUUUGAUUUUGUCUGUUUCUUUGUGUGUCUGCUGUAGAGCAAAGACAAAGAUGUGACCCCAAAACAGUCCCUUGACUCUGCUUGUUCGCUCAGCAGCUAUAACAUGAAUGAUGCAGAAGCACUGAGUCGUACAGGGUUUCCUCAGUGCUCCGACACACAGGGGACUGUACACAAAAUGGCUGCCAUGAAAAUUGAGUCAGUCCUGUUUCUCUGUUUUCUUAUUUAAUGUGUUCUAAUGAUACUGAUGUUAUAUUUCCCUCUGUGUAUAUGAACAUUUGAAGUGUUGCCUGUGUGAUCAGGCACCGUGUUCGUUUAGACACCGUGAAGCUGUUAUUGGAACGUGGAGCUGAUCCCAACACAGCCAGGGUCCCCUUGCUUGUCCUCUUUUUAGCCAUUAUGGCUGCUGACACCGAGGCUGUGAGGAGACUGCUGCUGUGUGGAGCUCACACUGAUAUUCUCCUCCCACCAGAGGUAGGAAUUUACAUUUUGACACGUUAAAUCAUAGAGAAAAGUAAUGACAUUUAUAUGAUAUCCCUGUAUAGCUCAUCCUUUCUGUAGAAGAAAGGUCUUUAUCCCCUACAUGUAGCUGCAGCGCUGCCAGGUCCAGCAGGCCCCAGAACCACAGAGCUGCUGCUGCACACUGUCCCUGACCCAGACACACGGGCAUGUGACCAGGACGAGGUCUAUGAGCCAGACAGGAUUUCCAUGAAGACCGAGGAACCCCUGAGCUCCAGCAAGAGCCCACAUCUCAAAGAAGGAGGCCGAACUGCGUUGCACGUGGCCUGCCAAAGAGACAGUGACUAUGUGAAUGCCAGUAAAGUGGUAGCCCUCUUGGUCUCCCACAGCGCCUGUGGACACUCACCUCUCUCUCUGGCAAUAGCAAGUGGCAAUGAGCUGUUGGAGAUGUUAGCUAAGGCUGGUGCUGACAUCUUAAUGCCAGUCACGGUGGGCGAUGUCGUUGGAUCUGCAGGUGACUAUGCACACUGCUCCUUCAUCCAGGACUUGCGUAUUGCCAAAACUCCUUUCCACGUUCUGAGCAAGCGGGAGAGGGAAAUAUUCAAAGCACUGCUCAGCAAGAUGGGAGAUUUGCUGAGACAGACUGCUGGCCAGAGGGAGAGACAGAAUCUAGAGAGAGAACAACACCGUACAUUAAAUACAGGUACCAGGAGCUCAGAGAGGUUUGCACACACAGGAGGAGAGGCCAAGUCUUCUAACAGGCCCCUCCUCAGCCAUGGAGGCUUACAGGAAAAAGUAGAAAACCGCAGGAAACCAGAUGAAGGACACAAGGAAGAGUGUAUCCGGGUGUCAGGUGGGAAUCAGGCUGUCUCCUUCCAACAGUUACAACCCAGCAAACCAAAUCAACACCAGCCCUGAUAUAUUUCCCCACAAGCACCAAAGCUUCAACCAAAAGUACCACAAAACAAGCUUUUAAUAAAAUGAAAAUAUGUGACUUUGUCA